AGGAUCGGUCGACGGCUCGGGACAACAGUCAGUCGUUUGGUGGCUGCCGAGUUGACCGGGUGUCGUUCAGCUAGACCAGAGAGCCGCGCCUGCCGGUUCUGACCCUCUCCCUCUCUUUCUUUUCUUCGAAGUAACCUUCGUUUCUCGUGUGCGUCUGCUAUACACGCUGUUCACGCGCGCCUGUCCGUUUUCUCCUCUUCAAUUUUUCUCUCUCCCUCUGUUUCUCCGCGAGAGUAUACAGUGUUCGAAGGGACCAUGAAGGGUGCCACGACCACCGUAACCAGUCUUCUGCUGCUCGCAGCCUUUCAAGCUGCCAUGUGCGAUGUCAGCACGGAUCCGAAGAGCUACUUUCCUCAGAUCAAAGGCAAUUUGACGCAAAUCGUCUGGGCCCAUGCCGUCAACAGUCAGGCUGAUCUCGCCAAGGCGCUCGAAUCAGCUGAAAUCAUGAUGCUGGAAGCGGACGUGGUACUCGGAAAACAUAAUUCGAACAGCAGCAGCACGAACACUAGUCAGACAAUACCGAUAAUGGCUCAUCCACCAAAAACCGAGAGCGAUUUGUCGCUGCAAGAAUUCCUCAUGGCCGUGAUCGACAAGAAAAACGUGAGCAAGGGCAUCAAGUUAGAUUUCAAGACCACCGAUGCCUUCAACGCGAGCAAACUUAUCCUGGAUAAUCUUCGCAAUGACAUGAAAUUCCCCGUGUUUCUUAACGCGGACAUUCUUCCUGGACCGCUGAACGCGAACGCGACGCCGGUGGAUGCCAAGCAGUUUGUGUCUCAAGCGAAAAUGGUGCCCAAUUGCACGUUGUCUCUUGGAUGGACCACCAACUACGUGUGCAAAAACGACAGCACCGAUUGUUGGUACACGGAAGAGCAAGUGCAGCAAAUGAUCGACCUCGUGAAGGAGCAGAACGUGUCUCAGCCGAUAACUUACCCUGUAAGAGCCGGUCUAGUCGCGAAUAAUGUCACCACGAUCAAGUCUCUGCUGGAGAAGAGUUCCAACCUGAACAAAGACGUAACCCUGACCAUCUGGUCGAGCGAUGGCGACACGGUGAACGCGAAAGAGUUAUCCAGCUUGAUCAAGGAUGUCGGCGUCGAAAAAGUGUACGUCGACGUACCAAAGGACUUGAUGGAGAAGUUGAACAUCUCGGCAGCGUCCAGCAUCGGUGUCACCGCGAUGACAAUGGUGGUGUCUUUGAUCACCGUCUUCAUCUCGACGAUCAUGUGAACAGCUCGAAUCGUAUUUUCGUAAUCGUUGGCGAACAGAAGGAAGUAGUAUCUACUUCUGUUUUUCGACGGAAGACAGAGAAAUCGCGAAAGAACGGAGAUCGGCGGGAUGAGAUUAAAAUUAAAAAAAUGAAAAAAAAAAGCAUUCUCGAUGUGUAACGAUCGCCUCGAUCGAAUCUUCUCGCUAGUGUCUCGAUCGUGAUCGAUGUACUUUUUAGCGUGUAAGCUUAUUCGCAAAAGUUUUUUCUAAGUAUUUUAAGGGAGCUUUCUUAGGAUACGAUUCCUCGCGCCUGACGGAGAAGCCUGCUUUACACUUGGACCAUGUAUUUUUUUCGACAUUCAGAGACAGUUAACUACGCGUAUUUCUUUGAGAAUCGAACAAAUUGAUUCGGUAAUGCUCCGUCAGUUCAACUUUAAAAUGAAAACGAAGAAAUGGAGUAAGAUAUAACAUACCAUUGAAGACGAGCGUUUCGAUAAAUCGGUAUUAACAUUUUACCGUCAACGCGUUACAAAAAUUUAUCUACAUUAAGCUUUAUCGUUAGUGAAAUAUUUUCUAGUAGUAUUUAUAAUUAAUAUUCUGCUUCUUUCCUCGUUAAAUCAGUAUUCGUGAAAAUUGCAAAGAUCUCUUUCUGCAGCAUUUACCAAACGCAGCAAAAUAUUAAAUUAAUCGGUGUAAAGGCGAUAUUAAACGUAUUAUAAAUGUAAUAUAAUCGUAAUCUUCCUUUUUAUAAUUAGGUAUUAGAAUUUCAUUUUUCGUCCCGUUUGUAACAUUCGACUUAAAUCUCUUGCGUGGAAUUGGGCUUGUUAGGAACGUGUAACGAUCAACGAAAAUGUAUUUAUACGCAGCAGAGACGUAUAAGUAAACGGUAACGUGUUAAAGAAUCACCGAUUGCUCGACUUGAAAUUUUAUUGAAACGAUUCAUUAACAUAUUUUCUUGUACGCUUUAACGUUAGAACAACCGACGUUAGUCGUAUCUAUACUCUUAAUUAUCAAAUAUAGAAACAAGUAAAGUAAAUUGUUGAGAAGAAUCAAAAUACAUAUCGAUAAAAUCACUCUAAUUUACUACGCAAGAUCCAAAAUCCGCGAUUUUACCGAAUUCGGUUGUUCCAGCGUUAAAAUACGAAUUGUCUGAUACUUGCAACAACGUUGCGCAAGUAUAAAAAAUUGUAAUUCUGGCACCUGUAUCGCACCCCUCUUGCACCGAUUCUAUUUUGUACAACACCUGUGUCUAAAAAAGGGAAAAGAAAGCUACUGAUAGCGUGUGUUAUAUCGUACCUCUUUAGUGUUCACCGACGUAUCUCCUGUACCUGCCUUUAACAUAUCCGAGACAUAGGUGCAGAACAAAACCGUAUUAGAUUCUUACGUAAGCCAGUAACGUUGUAUAUCUGUAAGCCAAAGCAUCGCGAACGCGUAAUACGGUGCCGAUGCACCGCGUUUGAUAACGAAACAAUAAAGCCAAAUGUGCAAAAGCUAA